AUGGCCAUCGACACACUAGCGGACCCUCUCACGGUCCUCCCGCCAGAGAUCAUUCUGCAAAUUUUGCAUUUCACCCCGGUUUCCGCCCUCGCGUCCCUGACGGCAGCAUCGAAGGCUUGGCACGAAUUUAUCGACUUUACGCACCAAGAAGUCAUCUACACCGCCGAGUCAAAGACUGCUCAGCCCCCGGGCGGUUCCCGUGAUUUCUCAUUCCUUUCCGGAUCCCACAGCUUCGCCAAUUACUUCAAAGGCACGGAAUCAUGGAAGGACCUGUGCAAGCGUCAAACGCUACUCGCCCGCAAUUGGGCCGAUCCACGCCCCAUUAGCCAGGAAUCGGUCUUGCAAAUUGGCAAUGAUCCUGUCUGGAGAUUCCGGGCUGAUUUCAAACGCCGCUUUUUCGUGUCCAGCUCCCACGCUGGUGGAUUGAACGUUAGCGAUAUGGAUACCGGCGAGAUCUUAUGGCAGCUCCCUUCAAUGCUGGACAGCGAUAAAGAUGCUGUCCGUCCCUAUGCGCAUCUGGAGUAUCAAGAUGGUAUGGUUGUGUUUGACAGCGUGGGCGAUUCAAUUGAGGUCUGGCAGACAGAUCAGCCGGGUACCAAGCGCGGAGAAUUCCAGCGCAUUGGCAUUCUGCAUCACGAUUGCCAAACCAGAGGAUUCCAAUUGUCCUACUGGACGCUCUGUGUCGUUUCAAAUGAAGGACAGGGCUUUGUAUACGAUAUGACUCAACGACCACCUCAGCUGAAAACCCGCCUGAAGAUCGAGUCCGAAGGUAUCGGGCAUCUGGACCAAAGCGAGGAUGUUGUGAUCUACUCAAUGGGCAAAAAGGGCUACUUCGCCUACGAUAAAGAAUCCGGCGCAUGCCUUGGCACUCUCCAGCCAUCGCAAGUGUCGGACAAAUACAACGUUCGCCCACCUCCGGCAAAUUCCAUGUCCGCAGGUGCAGCCCUAGCGGGAGCCGCCCGCCUAGGCCCAACGCAUAGUUUCUCUCCCACUGGAGCUCCCAGGAGGGACUGUCUGGCCCCCAUCGACAUCAAGAAAGGCCCACUUCCUCCGCCCGAAGACCCAGAGCAUGUUCGACACGGGCAAGACGACUGGGGAGCGGGAAUGCUGCACGGCAAUCUCUUUGUGGGCUUCUCGCGCGCGGGACGAGUCUUUAUCUGCUCUGAUUUCCGCAAGGCUCUUCGAGACCGAGCCGGUCUCGAGGCUACCAGCUCAAUUCUAGAGUGCGAGUCAGAUGGGUCAAGCUUUGACCUGGGUGGUUGGUUAUCGAUCCGUAACCAUCGAAUCAUGUUCGAAGUUCAGGAUCGCAUUUACGUCGUCGCACUCGAUGACAACGACCGCAUCCAAGAUGCGGAGAAGCCCACUCGGGCUUCAUACGCGCUUUUGACAAGCUCUGCUCCGCAACUAGCUGUCCCGAUCAGCUAUAUGGCAUUGGCUGAUGAUGCCAUCAUGACCACUUAUACUACUCUUGGCUGGAGGGAUUCGAACGCGCCACGCGGACAUCCCCCACAAGUAGGCACCAACCCUCCCCGCGUCUUCCCCACAAAAGCCAUCCGCAUCGUUAGCCUGGCCCCUGAUCUAUCCACCAAGUCCGGGUCAGCCUCAACCAAGGCUGCACCCGAGGAUCCCGAAGUCGAAGAUGACCUUCGUCGGAGUCUGCCCGGAGAAGACUCCUGGCGCACCCAAGCCGGACUCCUACAGCUGCUGAGCAUGCUUGGAGACCAGGCGGGGUUGGACGAAUCCGAUCUAGAAGGCGAUGAGUGGGAGAGCGUGGACGAGCAUGACGACUACGAGGACGAGGAAGAAGCAGAAGCAAAUGGCGGACCUGGGGUAUAG